GUUCCGUUCGUUCGGUCGGGCGUCGUGAGAGAGCUGAGCAGCUGAGCACGAAGUCGAAGUAAGGUUAAGUUUUUGUCCCAAUUAAAUAAGCAACAAUGAAAGUCGAGACACGAUGGUACACUGCUGAGGAUUACAACGCCUUACGAGGAACCUCAUUUUUAACGAAGGUUAGGUUUUUCUGGCGCAAAGGAUGGACGGAGAUACCGGUGGUAAUGGGAGCCUCAAUUCUAGCGACGAUAGGAUUUAGUUUAGCGGGAUUCGCGUUAUAUUAUGGCAAGAGGCAUGACUUAACUCCAAAAUAUCGCCAGGAGUACGUAAUUUACAGACCUGACGACCCACGAGUUAAGAAGAUUAAGACUACUUCACUCUUGGAUUAAUAAAUUCUCGUUAUUUACUUGAUAGCAUUGUGACGGUACACUUAUUAUGAACUUCUCCCCUCCUUUCUAUUGUAGAUAUCUCUCAGAUAAGAAUAAAUGAAUUAAUAUUGUUAAUAAA